CAUGAGAAGAUUCCUGUAUAUAUAAAGGCUGCCAUCCUUUGAUGUUCUUCCCAGAUGUGAAAGGCGAAAUAACCGCUUCUGAAAAGCCUUUAGCUAUCACCAGCAGCUUUCUCAUUCUGCUGCUGCCAACAGCUGCUAAUCCCUUUAGGACUCAUCUUUGUUAAAGGAAAAACAAAACCAAGGAGCUUAAAAAAAAUGGUUGGGACUUACUUCAUCUUUCUGAUCUUCCUCCUUAAUUGCUGGGUGAAGAUUAUGCCAACGUCUGGCUAUUCACUCAGAAACUGCACAGCCCACGGUGCCCUGAGAUUCACCGGUCUGAAACUGCUCUGUUUCCGUAAAAACUUGUACUGCGUGCCUCCAGAUAUCCCUCACAACACCAAGUUCUUGGAUAUUUCAUGGAACAAUAUAUCCCAGCUACGACAAGGAGAUUUCAGAAACCUAAUAUACCUCAUGGGCUUGAAUGCAUCUAACAACCAAAUCCACCACAUAGACAGGCAUGCUUUUAAAGACCUGACUGCGCUGCAGGUGCUGAAUCUCUCCCAGAACCACUUGAGAGCGCUCACAGAGGGCCUGUUCGAGGGUUUGGAAAACCUCACUGAGCUUCAGCUGGGCGGCAACCACAUACAAAAGAUUGAGACCUACACCUUUCGGUUUAUGAACAACAUCAAGGUCUUGGACUUGAGUGCAAACGCAUUGCUUCGAAUAGAGAGGGUCCAGCCUGUGUUCAGAGCCUCUAACUUGGAGCAACUGUAUCUUAGACAGAACAACUUCACAAGUUUCAACACUGAAGAUUUUUCAAAUGUUUCCUUAAAACUGAAAGUGCUCGACCUGUCUUUGAACCCUUUCAGAAACUUUAGCAUUACAACAAACAUCUUUCCCUGUGUCGUCUCUUUGAAACUCUUGGAUUCAGAAGAAGGACUGAACUGGAUGGUUGCGAACAAGUCUUUUCUGCAUAGUGUUAAGAAACUUUCACUGAGUGGUUUUCACACAGCAAAACCUGAAAUAUUAUCAGGGAUAAUAAAAAGCUUUGCUAACUCCUCUCUGAAAGAUCUCCAACUCGAUGAUUUCCAAUUGACAGAAGACAAAAUGUUCUUAAAUAAUGUCUGUCGCUUGCUCCCCAAACUACAGACUCUUGGCCUUAAAAGGAAUAAUAUUACUCUCCAGUACAAUCCAUUUGUCUACUGCUCGAUGGUGAGCCAUUUAGAUCUAUCAUGGGAGGGUCUGAAAUACACACCAGAGUCCUUGUUCAAAGGCAUGCAUAAUUUGCUCUAUCUGUCAAUGGCUCACAAUCAUCUUUCAGAUGUUCCCAGUGCUAUCCGGAAUGUCUGCACACUGCAAACUCUGGACCUUGGCUUCAAUCGCAUUGGCAAGUUGCAGCCCAGAGGCUUCUCCACAUUAAUGAGGUUGAAGGUUCUCAUCUUGGAUGGAAACAAUAUCAAUGCAAUGGACAGUGUACACUUUGAGGGCUUGGCUAACCUGGAGGAGCUCAGGGUUAAAAGAAACAACAUCCAGGAAAUCACAGGCUCAUGGUCAACCACUCUACGACGUCUGAGAUUCCUAGAUAUGAAAUUCAACAAGUUGGGCUACAUCAGUAAUGACAUCUUCCAAAAUAUGCAUUCUUUGAAAUCUCUUGAAAUGGUUGGCAAUCAUAUUUACAAAUUUGAUGUUGGUGCUUUCAAAGACUUAAGCAAUCUUAAAUAUCUGCAGCUCGGGAAAAACCCGCUGAAGGUGCAAUCUCUCGAAGAGGGAGAUGUGUUCGCAGGAAUGUCCUUACUAAAGUUGCUUAAACUCUUUGACUGCAAUCUUUGCUACAAGACCUCAGAUGAGCUCAAGCAACCUCCGUUUACAACUCUCAAAUCUUUGAUGUACCUCUCUAUCAAUAGCCAAGGUCCCAACUGCCUUGUUAGGAUUCCAUCAAACUUUCUGAAAGGGCUUAGUUCUCUCAGAGAACUCCAUGCUGGCCACCAAAACAUUGACUUUGUGCACCCUAAAACCUUCAGCCACACCCCCAAUUUGACUUAUUUGGACCUCAGUAACACCAUGAUCAAAGUACUAGAUCCCCAAAUAUUUCUCACAGUGCCAAAACUCUCGAUAUUGCACUUGAAUAAAGCCCAUCUACAGUCCUUGGACUUCUUGGUUCAUGCAAACCUUGCCAGGCUCAAGUUCCUUUCAGCCACAGCCAAUCAGUUCACUGUGGUCAAUGUGGCCCACAUCAAGGCCCUUCCCCUCCUCAGGUUCCUCAACUUGACGAACAAUCCCUUCAUCUGCAGCUGUGAAAAUGCUUGGUUCCAAAACUGGUCACUGCAGUACUCUAUGGCUCAAGUUCUCAACUUCUAUGAUAUUACCUGCAACUACCCAGCUAAGUACAAAGGAUUUAAACUUGCAGAUUUCAAUGUAGACUCUUGCAAACUGGACUACGAUUUUAUAUGCUUUAUUGUGUCCUCCACCCUUGUGGCUGUUACCAUGGUGUCCUCCUUCAUCUUCCACUUCCUCCACUGGCAACUUGUCUAUGCCUACCAUCUCUUCCAAGCGUUCUUAUACGACAGGAAGCAGAAGCCGUCCCGACGCUACGAGUUUGAUGCCUUUGUUUCGUACAACACGCACGAUGAGCCUUGGGUCCUGAGGGAGCUUCUGCCCAACCUGGAGGAGGGCCGUGGCUGGAAGCUGUGUCUGCACCAUCGAGACUUUCAGCCCGGCAAGCCCAUCAUUGACAACAUUGUGGACAACAUCUACAAGAGCCGCAAGACCCUCUGCAUCAUCAGUCGCCACUACCUGGAGAGCGAGUGGUGCUCCAGGGAGAUCCAGGUGGCCAGCUUCCGUCUCUUUGACGAGCAGAAGGACGUGCUGGUCCUGGUGUUCCUGGAGGACAUCCCUGACUGCCAGCUCUCCCCCUACCACAGGAUGAGGAAGCUGGUGAAAAAGAAGACCUACCUGAACUGGCCCAAAUGUGAGGAAGAAACCAGACUGUUCUGGCACAAGCUGAACACAGCACUGGAGACCCGAGAAGAACCCGAUGGAGAAAAUCCGAUUCUAACUGGCUUAGAGGCGUUUGACUAAACAAAUAUCUUCCUCCCUUUGGUAACCUUGUAUAUUUAAUCAUUACCCAUUUUCUCACAUCCCCCUGUGAUAUCAAAUGUACCAUUCAUAUCUGUGAGCAGUGAAUCCUAAUAUGCUAAUGAUGCUAAAAUGACACAAACAUUCAAUGGGUCUUCCUCUUAACAGAGGCUUCUCCCUCAAUUGUUUAUCUGAUUUUCUUUUCUAUUUGUUUUU